AUGGAAGAGUUGCGAUUGUCUGAGGGCGAUGACAGACGCUUGUUCACAUUAUUACCAACCUUCUUUCCUUUCAUUUUUCCGUUAUCCAUUUUCUUUGUCUUUUUCUUUCUUCUGAUUUUCUUUUCUUUUCUCGUUUUCUCUCAAUCAUUUUUUAAUUUCCACUUUCUUUCUUUUUAUCAGUUGGUAUUGCCGAUCAGAGAUACACACACUAUCUAUCUAUCUAUCUAUCUAUCUAUCUAUCUAUCUAUCUAUCUGUCUGUCUGUCUGUCUGUCUGUCAGCCUUUCUAUCUGACCGGCCUUGUCUUUCGCCCAUGUAUCUCUGGACUUGAGUUAGUAACCAUUUUUUCUGUUCAUUAUCUAUCUAUCUAUCUAUCUAUAAAGGAUCGGCGCCCACUCAGCAUGCAGAAAAGAAUCAUUGAACGAACGCACGAACACAGAACAGUGAAAAGAAAGUGCAUUUCUCAAAACCAGCGACUACUCUUGCUUGAUGCUUGCACAUCUCUCCCUCUUUCACUCACACUCUCUCUCUCUGUCUCUGUCUCUAUCUCUCUCUCUCUCUCUCUCUCUCUCUCUCUCUCUCUCUCUCAAGCUUAA